ACACACACACACACACACACACAGAUUAUCUCAUCCUGUAAAAGAGAAGCAAGAAGCAUCACCCUGUGGUGCUCUAAUCACACAGCUGUAUUCUCUUUCUUCAUUCAUGAAGUGAAAGUAUUUUUGUAGCUGACUUGACUCUUCUGUUCAGCAUGGAGGCAGUGGCUCUUUUCUCUUUCACAGCAUCAGAACCAGACGAGAUCAGUUUUCAGAAAGGGGACAUUAUAAAGGUGACAGAAAUGGAGGAUGAUUCUUGCUGGUUCACAGCAGAGAUCCAGGGGAAGCGUGGCUUCGUGCCAGAGAACUACAUUUCCCUCCAUCCUUACCCGUGGUUUGCCGGACGGGUGUCAAGACUUGAUGCUGAAAAGCGUCUGCGCUGGCAGGACACUGGAGUGUUCCUGGUGAGGGAGAGUGAAUCAGCUCCUGGAGAGUUUUCUGUCUCUGUUAGCUAUGGGGACAGAGUGGAACAUUUCCGAGUGCUGGAGGGAGGCGGUCAGUACUACAUCUGGGACGAGUCGUUUUGCUCCCUCAACCGGUUGGUGGAUUUCUACAAAACUCACAGCAUCGCCGUGGAGAAAGUGGUCUACCUCAGGGACCCUCCCUCAUCCCCUAGCCUGCUGCCCCAACAUGGACGUAACCCUUAUCCCAACCCUUAUAAAAGCAGCUCUCAGGAGUCCCUCCCCUCAGUCCGCCUCCACUCUAACCCCUCUCGCCCAGAAAGAGAGUCCUCCCUGCAUCUACCUGAACCAGUUUUGUGGAAACCUCGUCUGGCCCAGGCCCUCUGUGACUACGCCCCCCCUCAGACCGCCCACCUCCACUUCCUGCGUGGUGACCUCAUCGACCUGCUGGACUGCUCGAGCUCACUGACCUGGAGAGGGCGCUGUCGAGGCAGAGUUGGAAUCUUUCCGCCAGAAUACGUCCAACCGCUGUACCGCUGACACCAUAUCAAACUUAACACCUCCCGGACCUUGGCUUUACCACUGACGCUUGUCUGUCAGGCUGUAGUGACUUUACCUUACUUAUCCAAAACUAGCGAUGAAACAAUUAGUCCAAUAAUUGGUUAGUCCAUUAUUGAUUGAAGGGCCUGAAAACUACAAGCUUUGGGGCCAUAUGUGAAAACUGUGUUUUCUGCCAAAGUUAGUACAGGUUUCGUUGCUUCACAUGAGAGAUUUCUACAUUUGUGUUUUUCUCUGUGCUUCUCUCACUGGUUCAAAGCAGGCAGGGAAUCAGUCUGGAAAAAGUGAUGUCACAUACCUGCACCAAUCAGGAUUUAGUAACAUUCAAAUCUGCAUCUGAUGACAGUUAUUGGGUUGUUUGGUCACUGUCAGUCAAAUCUCCUGUUUGAUUUUUGAGGGUUAAACUCUAAAUAAUACCUGAAGUUUGUUUUUUUUAAACUUUCAAUCUUGCAUAAGUAGUCAUUAAUAAUUAAUGUAACUACAACAGCUUUAGGUUAGUGUGUUUGAAGGUAUUUUGUGUCUCCACAUACCUGAAUCUUCAAUUUGCAGAGUUGCAUGGUGGAUAAUGUAAGAGCCAGGACAAGGAAGAAGAAUACAUGGAAUAACAACAUCUCCGGUUCUGGAGGAAUGAUUUUGAUUUUGACUGUCAGACAGUGUUAAAGGAGGACAAUGCUAAAUUGGUGCAGUACGCUUUUAAGUUUUCUGAGACUUUAAUAAUUUAAGUCUGUUCAAGUAUCAAGCAAAAAUGCCAAAUAUUGGCUGGUUCCCGCUGCUCAAAUUUAAGGAUUUUUUGUUUUUCUCUUUCUUAUAUCAUUAUUUUGAACUGUUUCAUAUUUUCUGACAUUUCACAGAGUACUCAGUACAUUAAAAGUAACCUGAUAGAUUAACCGAUAAUGAAAAUCUUGCUACAGCCCAAAAUUGAACCUUUGCAGCCCGUCUUCUGAGCCCUAAUGUCCUCCUUCCACCAACAGUUUGUAUUGAAAUUAUUUAAGGUAAAUUUAACUUUAUAUUCGUUCUGUUUUACCAUCUUGUCUGUGCCCCUUCCUCUUCAGUAAAUAUCACUAAACUGUAUGGGAACAAAAUAAAGAGUGAUAUGAUGUGAUAGUUAUAAAUACUCUAACCUGUGUUAAUUUGUGGACAAACACUUAUGACUUUGAUGCACAUAUCUUUAAAUUUAUUUGAGAUAUCACAAGAAAAAAAACAUUUGAUGGAGAAGCUGUCAA